AUGCCUGUUGGGGACAAUGCCCCUCCAAACCCUGCGACAGAGGGUUCCGCCCCCAGUGGCAACGACAGCAAUCAUGUGAACCUUCGUGUGACUUACUUGCAUGCCGGCAACCCUCGACCACCCCAUAAUCUUGGCUCUGUCCCCACCGAUACCACAAUUGGAGCACUGAAGAUCCGUUUACAAGCCGAGCUGUUGGAGAACCCUCGUCCGGAGGAACAGCGAUUGAUCUACCAGGGUCGGCCCCUGCUGCAAGAUGCUAUGUCAUUGCGAGAAGCACUUAGACUGGAGGGACCUAUUGGACCGCUGCCAUACACCAUUCAUAUCAUCAUUCAGCCGCGACAGGCUGCACCCCACUUCCGCCCAGAAUCCAUAGCAAACGUGCCACCUGCCCCAGCUGUGAAUGGCGGGAAUCUCGCUUUCAACGAUAAUGGAUACGUUGCUCAGCCUCAGCAGCAAUUCGCCGGGCAAGGGGACGAGCAUGCGACACGAAUGCAUGCUAUAGCUCAGGCCCACGCGAACAUGCUUCAGCAGCAAAUACAAGCACUCCAGCAACAGCAAGGUCCGAACGCACCUCAACGUUUCAGUGCUAUGUUCCAAAUCAACGGCCAACAGAUGCAGCCAACGUACGUGCAGCCGAACGCUCAGCACCAACCGGCCAAUCCUCCGGAAAGCGGCAACUCCACCGAGCCACAGCCACAACAAUCGCAAUCGCAACCGCAAGCUCAGUCCGCACAAGCAAUACCGCAGCCCCUGCCCCUGCCCCCGCCGCUGCCGCUGCCGCAAGGAAUGCCAAAUCCUCUACUCAAUAUUAUGUAUAACACACAGCAGCCUGCGGGUAAUGCUCCUUUCCCGCGGCCGUUGUCAGUCCCGCCUCCUGCGAGGGCUGGGGAAACCACUGCCCAUAUGGCCACAAACAAUACUCCCGUACCAUCCAUGGGAGGCUUUGGUCUUCCACUUCCUCCGCUCCGUGCAAGGCUUCCGUACCCACAGCCACACCAGCCUACAGAGCCGACGGUCUGGCUUGCCUCUUCACGCAAUGGGCCCGAAGCUCUGCUCUUCGCUCCCGGCCAUGGCUACUUCUCCACCACUAGUACUGGCGGAGGAACUGUCGUUGGCAGAUCCAAUAUUGGCUCUCAGCUUAGGCAACUACAGAAUGCAAACAACAUAAGAUCUGCGAUACUUCCGACCAGAACGACCGACCAAACCCCUGCGUCAGGUGCUAACGCCCCGCCCGCAGCAAACGCGGCUCAAGCAGCACAGCAACCUGGGCGCGGUGCCGUGGGCCCGCUCGCUCUGCAGCAGCAGCUACAGCCUGGACAAGGUCCUGCAGUCCAAGUCCGUGAGCGAGCCGCCAACGAUGACUUCAUAGGCCUUGUCAUCCAACGUGGCUGGCUAUUUCUCCGGCUAUACAUGUUCAUGUUCGUGCUCUCAGAUCCAGGCACUUGGCGACGGUACCUUCUCCUUGCCCUGGCCUUAUUAGUCUGCCUCCUCCCACGGCAGAAUCCAUUGAAUCAACUCAUGGGUGCAGCACGACGGCACAUCGACAACUUGAUCGGCCCACCUGCUCCGCAGCCUCGACCGGCCGCUCAGGCUGUCCCACAGGCUGGCAACCCAACGGCACCAGCCGUCGCCAAUUCUAACGACGCCGCAUCCGCCAGUGCCCACGCACCAGCAGUACCCGGUGCUGUGAACAUUACACCUGAGGAAGCUGCGAGGCGAAUCCUCGACCAGCGCGCAGAGCACGAGCGACGUGAGCGUGAGGCAAAUCCCAAUGUGCUGAGAGAUGUCUUCUACAGAGUGGAGCAAGCUGUUGCGCUAUUCUUGGCAAGCCUGAUUCCGGGCGUGGGCGAGAGGCACGUGGCGGCGAGGGAGGAGCAACGGAGAGAGCGGCUCAGGGCAGAGAUGGAGAGAGCUAAUGCUGAGAGGGAGGCAGAGGAGCGCAGGAGGAGAGAAGCCGAGGGAGUGCAGGAUACACCACUAGGUGGACAAGAUGGCAGCAGUGGUGGGGAAGCUAAGGCAACGGAUGCACCAAUUUCCGCUGAGUCAGAAACGGCGGGAAGCUCGACUGGCUUAGAUGCGAGAGGCACUUCUGGAGUGAUUGCUGAAGAGCAGUUGCGAGAACGCCAUGGCGCAACUGAGGCAAGUCAGUGA